CGUCGAAGCCCUAAAACAUACUGUCGAACUCGAACUCUAAAGUCUAAAGUGGCUCACCAGUCACCACUCAUCACUCACCUCUCCGGACUCCGGCUAUUCCUCCGUCAUCGCGGAACGGCCCGAACCCAGAAGCUGGCACCAUUGUCUCGUCCAUUCACUACACGAUCUGCAACUCUGCAUCGGCUCUCCGCCUCGCCUUCUGUCUCUCCAGUCCUCCUGUCCUCCAUCGUUGUUGAACCCAGAAUCCCAGAUAUUGAGACACAUGCUCUAGCACGAUUUCAGGAGCAGGAAAUUGAUGCUUGAGUUCAAAGUUCAAACUUAGAAACCAUUAGGCCAUUUUUGGAAAACCUCAAAUUUGCCAUCAUCACUGAACAGUAGAAACAUGGAUAACCAUUCAAAUCUGCUCGACGAAGCUUUGGGAUUUAAUAGCAAAGCUAGGGUUUCACCUUCAGGUCGAGUUGUGCUCAUUGAGGACAGUGUUGAGACCAGUGGCUCAUUUGUUCUUCACCACCUCAUGAAACAUGCUCUCUCCCUCAACUGCUCUGGUAUCGUGCUCUUUGUUGCCCUCGCACAACCAUUUUCUCAUUAUGACCGCAUCUUAAGAAAACUUGGUUGCAACUUGGUUGCACAGAGAGACAAUAACAGAUUAUUUUUCUUCGACAUGCUUAAGCUGGGCUGUCUAGAUGGAGAUGGAGGAAAAAUCAUUGAAGGUCAACUGCUUGAAUUGUAUGGGAAGAUCCAAAAAACUAUAGAAACUGAUGCAUUACCUGAUCAAAGCAAGAAUCCUAUUACAAUUAUGAUAGAUGAUAUAUCUCUUAUGGAGGUUGCUGCUCAUGGUUCUUCAAAUCAUGUCUUAGACUUUCUGCAUUACUGUCACACUCUCACCUUAGGACCUGGCUGCUCACUAGUUGUACUAAAUCAUGAGGACAUUUAUUCAAGCUUGACAGGACCUACACUUAUUCUGGAAAUGGAAUAUAUUGCAGACAUUGUGAUAAAAGCAGAGCCUCUAGCAACUGGUUUGGCUUCUGAUGUGCAUGGACAGUUGAUGGUUGUGAACAAGGGAAUUAUUGAUGAAAAUGGUACUUUGAGAACCAAGUUAAGAAAUUUCCAUUUCAAGGUCAAGGAAAACAGUGUUGAGUACUUUUAUCCUGGUAGCCAGUCUUAAUGAAGCUUGACAAUUUGAAACUAGAGGUAUGAGUGAUCUCGUUCCUAUAUAUAUUUUCUUGAUAAGAAAGCUUACACCUAUGUAAAUGUACAAUGGUCAUAGUAUCCGGGGGUUUCCAAGUGCCAAGUAAGGUGAGAACAUUUACUGAUUUUCUACAUACUUAUCUCGUUUUCUUUGAACA